AUGGCGGGGGGAUUUGGCGGGCCGACGGAUGGCGAAGAAUUUGAAGCAAAGAUCACACCUAUUGUGGUCAUUUCUUGCAUAUUGGCCGCUAGCGGUGGCCUCAUGUUCGGUUAUGAUAUCGGCAUUUCGGGGGGUGUUACAUCGAUGCCGGAGUUCCUACGGGAAUUCUUCCCGGUUGUAUACAAGAGGCAACAGAUUCCAGGGCUUGAGAGCAAUUACUGUAAAUACGACAAUCAAGGCCUGCAAUUGUUCACAUCUUCUUUGUACAUCGCUGCCUUGAUAGCAACCUUCUUUGCAUCAUACACAACCAGGGUCUUCGGUCGAAAGAUGAGCAUGCUCAUUGCUGGGAUUUUCUUUAUAGUUGGAACGAUUCUUAAUGCUGCAGCCCAGAACCUUAUCAUGCUUAUUGUUGGGAGGCUCGCUCUUGGUUGUGGAGUUGGUUUUGCUAACCAGGCGGUGCCACUUUUCCUUUCGGAGGUUGCACCCACAAGAAUUCGUGGGGCACUUAACUUACUCUUCCAGCUCAUGUGCACCAUUGGUAUUCUUGUAGCAAACCUUAUCAAUUAUGGAACUGCAAAAAUUGAAGGGGGAUAUGGAUGGAGGAUUUCACUGGGUUUGGCUGGCAUUCCAUCACUCUUGCUAACCUUCGGGGCUCUCAUUGUAACAGACACUCCAAACAGUUUGAUCCAACGAGGUAAGUUGGAGGAAGGAAAAAAAGUUCUUAAAAGGAUUCGGGGUAUUGACAAUGUCGAUCCAGAAUUCCUAGAGAUUCUUGAGGCAAGCCGUGCGGCUAAAGAAGUGCAGCAUCCCUUCAGAAAUCUCUUUAAGCGUAGGAAUAGACCUCAACUGAUCAUCACAGUUUUUUUACAGUUCUUCCAGCAAUUCACAGGAAUUAACUCAGUCAAUUUUUACGCUCCAGUUUUGUUCCAGACCUUGGGAUUCAAGCACGAUGCUUCCCUUUACUCAUCCGUUAUAACAGGAGGUAUCAUGGUCCUAGGAGCCAUUGUGUCAAUCUUCCUCGUGGACAGAGCUGGUCGUCGCAUGCUCUUGCUAGAAGGUGGCAUCCAAAUGUUCAUUUCUCAUGUGGUCAUUGCAGUCAUACUGGGAUGGAAACUGAAGGAUCAAUCGAACGACCUCGACAAGGGCAUGGGAAUUCUUGUGGUUGUGAUUAUUUGCUCUUUUGUGGGCUCAUUUGGCUGGUCUUGGGGACCUCUUUGUUGGUUGGUUGCUAGUGAGAUAUUCCCACUAGAGGCCCGUUCGGCUGGGCAGAGUGUGACUGUGUGUAUCAACAUGCUUUUCACAUUUGUUAUAGCACAAGCCUUUCUUUCAAUGCUUUGUCACUUCAGGUUUGGCAUAUUCUUGUUCUUCGCAGCUUGGUGCUUGAUCAUGACUGUCUUUGUCUACUUCUUACUUCCUGAGACCAAGGGUGUCCCUAUUGAAGAAAUGAGCGACGUAGUCUGGAGGCAGCACUGGUUUUGGAAGAGAUAUAUGGAUGACUCCGAAGAUGAACCGAAGGAAAAGGGGUAUGCUUGA